CCCCUCCCCUGUCCCCUGUCCACCUCCCCGUCCCUGGCUUCCAACCUCAACUGCUCUUCCGCCAUUUUGAAAACGUGUCUUCACCUAUCAAGGGUCCGCCUUAAAUAAUUCCACCACCACUCCGUUCCCCCAUUGCUACUUGAUCUUUGUCCCUUUCUUGCCCUUCGCCAAUUCUGGCUUUUGACCACCGUAUUACACCUCUCUCGCCCUUCGCUCCUUUCGUGCUGCAUUUGAGAGCUUCCCUUUUCCCUCUUGCCACGCAAUCAUGAAGCUGCUCGCACUUGCUCCGGCGCUGCUGGCUGCGGGCUUUGCUCGCGCGGAUGACAUACUACUCGAUGAGGAUUUGACUGUCCCUAACCCAGGUGACACAAGUUGUUUGUGUUCCGGAGCUGCCAAUGCUGAUGAGCUACAGCCGACCACGUUGAAAGCACCGUUCCUUGAGCAAUUCACCGAUGAUUGGGAUACUCGAUGGAAGGUCUCUCAUGCCAAGAAGGACAACGACAAAUCGUCGGAGGAAGAAUGGGCGUAUGUGGGAACCUGGUCGGUCGAGGAGCCCACCGUGCUGAAGGGCAUGGAGGGUGAUAAGGGCCUGGUCCUGAAGGACAAGGCGGCUCAUCAUGCCAUUUCGGCCAAGUUCCAAAAGCCAAUCGACCCCAAGAAGAAGGACCUGGUCGUUCAAUACGAGGUCAAGCUUCAGAACGGUCUGGAGUGUGGUGGCGCCUAUUUGAAGCUUCUUCAGAACAACAAGGCGCUUGGCAAGGAGGAGUUCUCGAAUUCUUCUCCCUAUGUGAUCAUGUUUGGCCCCGACAAGUGCGGAGCUACCAACAAGGUCCACUUUAUCUUCCGUCACAAGAACCCCAAGACCGGCGAAUAUGAGGAGAAGCACCUCAAGAGCCCCCCGAUGGCUCGUGUCGUCAAAACCACUUCGCUGUACACCUUGAUUGUCCGCCCGGAUCAGAGCUUCGAGAUCAAGAUCGACGGCGAGAGCGCCAAGAACGGCAGUCUUUUGGAGGACUUCACCCCUGCCGUCAACCCCGAGAAGGAAAUUGAUGACCCCAAUGACACCAAGCCGGAAGAGUGGGUUGAUGACGCGCGCAUCCCCGACCCCGAGGCCAAGAAGCCCGAGGACUGGGACGAGGACGCCCCGUACGAGAUCGAGGAUCUGGAAGCCACCAAGCCGGAAGACUGGCUGGAGGAUGAGCCGAUUGCGAUCCCCGACCCGGAGGCUGAGAAACCCGAGGACUGGGAUGACGAGGAGGAUGGUGAUUGGGUCCCGCCGACGGUCCCCAACCCCAAGUGCGAGGAAGCGUCGGGCUGUGGUCCUUGGGUGCGCCCGAUGAUAAAGAACGUCGAGUACAAGGGCAAGUGGACCGCGCCGUACAUCGAGAACCCGGCCUACAAGGGCGUCUGGAAGCCAAAGAAGAUCGCCAACCCCAACUACUACGAGGACAAGACUCCGGCUAACUUCGAGCCAAUUGGCGCGAUCGGCUUCGAGCUCUGGACCAUGCAGAACGACGUCCUCUUCGACAACAUCUACAUCGGCCACUCCGUCGCUGACGCAGACGCCCUCCAGAAGGAGUCCUUCGCCCUCAAGCUCGCCGCCGAAAAGGCCGAAGAAGAAGCCACCCGUCCCAAGCCCGAAGAGGCGCCCAAGCCCCCCGGCGAGACCACCUUCGCCGAGGACCCCGUCACCUAUAUCCGCGAGAAGGUCGAGCUCUUCGUCGCCAUUGCUAAGACCGACCCCGUCGAAGCCAUCAAGUUCGUCCCCGAAGUCGCCGGCGGCAUCGGCGUCCUCGCCAUCACCAUCGUCGCGAUCCUCGCGUCUGCGCUCUUCGGCGGUAGCGCACCCCCCCCGGUGAAGGAGAAGGCAAAGAAGGCGGCCGUUGGUGGAAAGGAGAAGGCGGCGGAGGCAGUGGCGACCGGUGCGGAGAAUGCGAAGGCGGAGGCCACGAAGCGGGCGACGCGGUCGUCGUCGUGA